GUGCUCUUCGCGUUGGAUGCUAUUUUUUUAGGGUGCUUUCCCCAUUGAGUACUUUUUCUUCCCCACAACAAUUCAGCCAUGCCCGAUGAGAAACGAAAGGAUUCAUCAAAAUCAUCUUAUAGGUGCCAGGGUUCUUUUCGCAUUGGGCACUUUAUUCUCUCCGACAGCAAUCCAACCGUCUCCGAAGAGAAACGCAGGGAAGGGAAUCGAAGUCGUCUUACAGACGCAGACACGGAGCGACCAACCGCAGGCCGAAUGCCACCUGCUGCUCCUGCUGUUGUUGCUCCUGCUGCUGCUCCUCCUCCUCCUCAUGCUGUUGCUCCUCGUGCUCUUUUGCUCCUCAUCAUGCUACUUUUCACUGUCUACCAGUCUGUGUAUAUACAGCAGUGCUAG